AUGUUUUUUUUCAACUUCUUUCAAACUCUAGUGGAAAAGAACGCACAGGUAACGGUGGAACUAAAAAAUGAUUUGGAAAUAACAGGGACAUUACACUCUGUAGAUCAAUAUCUGAAUAUCAAACUUAGUAAUAUUUCUGCCAAUAACACUGAUAAAUACCCGCAUUUGGCAAUAAAGAAUUGUUUUAUUAGGGGUUCGGUAGUGCGCUAUGUCUACAUUAAUAAAAAAGACAUAGACUUCGAUGAAUUGCAGGAUUUGUGCAGGAAAUCUACCAAACAGCAAUAA